ACUCUGAUAUGGGAUAAGGAUUUAAAGCCCCGCCUUUCAUUUCCUUGAGCUAUGAUGUAAGGGAGAGAGAGUGAGAGAGUCUUCACUUCCUUUGGAAAAACAAAAAGGAAAGAAACCCUCUUUCUCUUCUUACAUUCCCACAGAAAUUUAACAGGUUUAAUGAAGAAUGAGGUAUAUAUAGCUGCAAACUAGAACUCUUAACGUGCGCAACUGUAUUCCAUAUGACGCCUGUAAUUCCUUGUUCAGUCGGGAACAUCUCUCUCUUCCCUACAUCUACCUUCACCUCAAGGAAAGAUAAUAGACUAACAAAAUGCAAGCUUUUCGGAAAAUACACAAAACCCGCACUCCCUCCACAAAGGUUGCUGCUACUUCAGCCAAUCUCAGUAAGCUUAUUUCAGAAGUACAGCACCAGUGAUGUACAUAAUAAAUCAAGAAUCCAAAUAUUGGCUGCGACAGGGACAGAUGUAGCAAUAGAGGAGCCAAAUUCUGUGGUUGAAGGUGAAGAUGCUGACAAAAUCUCUGAAGUUUCACCUGAUGCUGUCGAAACAAGUGAAGCUUCCUCAACAGAAAAUGCAGGUCCUACUCCUACUGCCCAAUCCAAACGCCCGAGAACCGUGAGGAAGAGCGAGAUGCCACCUGUGAAGAACGAGGAGCUAAUCCCAGGUGCUACUUUCACUGGGAAAGUAAGAUCCGUCCAGCCAUUUGGUGCUUUUGUCGACUUUGGAGCUUUCACAGACGGAUUGGUACAUGUUUCCCAGCUGAGCGAUAGCUUUGUAAAGGAUGUUGGCAGCAUUGUUUCUGUUGGGCAAGAGGUGAAAGUGAGGGUGGUGGAAGCAAACAUGGAAACCGGACGGAUUUCACUAACAAUGCGUGAAAGUGACGAUAUCAGUAAGCUGCAGCAACGGAAAGAUGCUCUUGCUGGUGGUAGUAGUGAUAAGCCAAGGCCUGCCAGAAGAAGCAGUGCUAGAUCCAAUCAGAAGCGUGAUGAGGCACCCAGAAGCACAAAGUUCAUCAAGGACCAGGUUCUAGACGGUACUGUAAAGAACAUGACCAGAGCAGGUGCUUUUAUAUCUCUUCCAGAGGGUGAGGAAGGAUUCCUGCCCACAUCCGAGGAAUCCGAAGGAUUUGGGAACAUUAUGGGAGGCUCCACAUUGCAGGUGGGUCAAGAAGUCAACGUGCGGGUGCUGCGAAUUACAAGAGGGCAGGUGACAUUAACAAUGAAAAAGGAAGAGGAUAUGGAAGAGCUGAAUAUGAAACUCAACCAAGGUGUGGUGCAUGUUGCAACCAACCCAUUUGAGCUGGCUUUCCGUAAGAACGAGGCGAUCGCAACAUUUUUGGAAGAGAGGGAGAAAGUGCAGCAAUCCACCAAAACUUUGAGUUCGAAAAAGCCAGAACAGAUUGAAGGAAAGGUUGACCAAAUUGAAACUAAGUCUGAUGCUUUGAUAAAUGAUGAAGUGGAGACAGAAGUUGAGCAGCCUGUCAAAGCUGAAAUACCUUCUGCUGCUACAAACGUGGUAAUUGAGGAGGCUUUUGUAGAUGGAGUGACUGAAGGUAGCAAAGAAACUGACUCGCCGAAUGAGAUGGGUGAUCAGAUUGUAUCUUCAGAAAGUGGGGUCGGUGAGGAAGUCAUGGUGAGUCAAAACGAGACUGAAGUAACAACACUUGCAGAUGACAAAACGCCUUCCGUUGCAGCAAAUACGGUGAUAGACGAGGCUCCUAUAACAGAUGUGGUGAAGGAAGAUAGCACUGAAACAGAGUUACCUGGGGAAACAGGUGAUCUAAUCUCAUCUUCAGAUGGAGUGGAGGAAGAUAGCAAAGAAACCUUCAUGCCUGAUGAAAUACCUUCUGCUGCAGCAAAUACAGUAAUAGAUGAGGCUCCUGUGACCGAUUUAGUGAAGGAAGACAAGAGUGAAGGGGGUGUUCUAAUUUCAUCUUCAGAAAGUGAGGUCACCGAGGAUGUUCUUGUGAGUCAAGCUGAUGAUACUAAAGUGGAGAGCAAAGUAACACCAGUUGUAGAAAACAAAAUUUUCUCUGCUGCAGCAACCUCAGUUGUAGAUGCAGCUCCUGUAACCGAUGGAGUAGAGGAAGAUAUCAAAGAAACUGAAACACCCGAUGAGACAGAAGCACCGCCUCUUGUUGAGAAUGAAAUAGCUUCUGCUGCUUCAGAAGAAGACGUUAAAGCAGCUCCUUCUAUUCCUGAACCAAACGGCAGUGCCACCUCAAAUGAGCAAGCAGAUGUUCCUUCUGUUCAAGAAAGCACACCAAAAGCAACUAUAUCCCCAUCUCUGGUGAAGCAGCUACGUGAAGAGACUGGUGCUGGGAUGAUGGACUGCAAAAAGGCUCUAGCAGAAACUGGAGGUGACAUCGUUAAAGCUCAAGAGUUCCUAAGAAAGAAAGGCUUGGCAAGCGCGGAGAAGAAAGCCAGCAGGGCAACGGCAGAAGGGAGAAUUGGCUCGUACAUCCACGAUAGCAGGAUCGGUGUCCUUAUUGAGGUGAACUGUGAGACAGAUUUUGUUUCUCGUGGUGACAUUUUCAAGGAACUGGUCGAUGACCUCGCCAUGCAAGUAGCUGCCUGCCCGCAAGUGCAGCAUCUAGUCACAGAAGAUGUGCCGGAAGAGAUGGUAAGCAAGGAGCGGGAGAUUGAAAUGCAGAAGGAAGAUCUUCUGAAGAAACCUGAGCAAAUCAGGGAGAAAAUUGUUGAGGGCCGAAUCAGGAAGAGACUUGAGGAGUUAGCGCUGCUUGAGCAACCAUACAUUAAAAAUGAUAAGGUGGUGGUGAAGGAUUGGGUGAAGCAGACAAUUGCGACGAUUGGUGAGAAUAUUAAAGUUAGGAGGUUUGUCCGUUUCAAUCUUGGAGAAGGUUUAGAGAAGAAAAGCCAGGAUUUUGCUGCGGAGGUGGCCGCCCAAACAGCAGUGAAAACACCAACAGCGGCUCCAAAAGAUCAGCCUGCUGGGGAAGCCAAGGAAACAAUUGAAAAGUCACCACCAAAGGUGGCAGUCUCAGCAGCACUUGUCAAGCAACUACGGGAAGAAACCGGUGCUGGUAUGAUGGACUGCAAGAAAGCCCUCUCAGAGACAGGCGGUGACCUCGAGAAGGCCCAGGAGUACCUCCGUAAGAAGGGACUGUCAACUGCCGACAAGAAAUCCAGCCGGCUAGCCGCUGAGGGCCGGAUUGGGUCCUACAUCCAUGAUUCCCGCAUCGGGGUCCUGAUUGAGGUCAACUGCGAGACUGACUUUGUAGGGCGGAGUGAGAAAUUCAAGGAGCUGGUCAAUGAUCUCGCCAUGCAGGUUGUAGCCUGCCCUCAGGUGCAGUUUGUGUCGGUGGAAGAGAUCCCAGAAAGCAUAGUGAGCAAGGAGAGGGAGCUGGAGAUGCAGCGGGAAGACCUGCAAUCGAAGCCUGAGAAUAUACGGGCCAAGAUCGUCGAUGGGCGGAUCGCGAAGAGGCUGGGCGAGCUGGCACUCUUGGAGCAACCGUUCAUCAAGGAUGAUGGGUUGCUGGUCAAGGACCUGGUGAAACAGACAGUCGCGGCGCUCGGAGAGAACAUAAGAGUAAGGAGGUUUGUUCGAUUCACGCUUGGGGAGGCGACUAGCGAUGCAAAACCAGAGGCCCAAGAGUAGAUGGAGAAAGUCUGGCAAUGUAGCAGGUGGGGCCCUGCGAGUUUACAGCAUUUAAAGGGUCUUUAAUAACAGGAUUUGAAGAAGGUUUAAGGUAAUGUUGGGAGGAGAAUGUAAUUCUUUUUGUUGUGAUGAGAGAGGUUAUUAGAUUUUGCUGGUAGUUAUUGAGCAGUUGGUUUUUAUUAUUUUUUGCAUUUCGAGGACAUUUUUUGCAUUUACAUGUGCAAAAAUACGGUAUGAGGAAAACAUAUCUCAGUUUUUUGGAAUACAUGCAUGCAAAGUUACUUUC